CACACGCUGUGCGUUCUGGGUAGUUGUCGAAGAGCCAGCCAGGGUGUCAUGUUCACAAUACGCCAAACCCGAAUUAAGUGCCCCCCCCCCCCAAAAAAAAAAAAAAAAGGAAACAAGUCGGGUAUACAAAGGAUUUGUCAUUCGUCACCACGAAGAGGAGACACUUUGGUGGCCGGUGGCUGCGCUUAACCAACGUUGCUGGACACCAUGGAGACUGUUAUUUCAGUUCUACGCUCCGCCUGUCUGCAUACAAAAACAUUUCAGGCGGUCGUCGUAGUCACCAGCGCCGUCUCCAUUCUGACUUUGCUUGGACUGGUCACCGUGACGGACAGAUGGCCACUCACCUCCUCCAUGCAUCACGUCACCAGUACCUUCUCACCUCUUACUGACUUCCCCCCUGAAACAACGACAUACCAUGAUCAGAAAUCAACACACAAAAGGGAUGACCAAAACUCUACGCAGAAUGACUUCCUCCUCGACAAAAACAAGCCCGUCUGUUGGGAAUCCCCGUACGUGGAUUGCGGGGGAAACCAGAAAGGGGAACUACAAGAUGAGGAAAUCCCGAAAAUGUACUCUAUAAAUAGAAGUUACACGGAAAGAUUUGGAGGUUUUCAAAUAUUGAAAUUGGAUUCAAACUUCUACAAAUCGGUUACUGGAUUAUUUUCGUUCCCUCUGAACGAUGCGAACAAAGCUUCCUCUUCUACUUCUACUACAAGGCCUACUACUACUACUACUACUACUACUACUACUACUACUACUACUACUACUACUACUACUACUCGGAAUGUUGGUGAAAAUAAAAGAUUCAGAAUCGGUUUACUAAACAAAAGAAGCUAUAUGAACCAUUUCGACUUUUCCUCCUGCCCGUUCCACAAUUGUGAGUACGUUGGAGACAAAAUAGACGAGACGGUGGACUUGGUUGUGGUGAAUGGGAUCAAUUUGAAUACCAGCACUUUGCCGAAGCGAUGGAAGAAUCAGAUCUACGCCAUGUGUGGGUGGGAGUCCCCCGUCAAUUUCCACAACCUGAUUACUACUGCUUUGGUGAUAAAGAAAAAGAAAACAGCUGUGUGGAUUGUGUCCAACUGCAAAGCUCCAUCUAGGCGAAACGAGUACGUGAAAGAGAUGCAGAAAUACAUAGACGUGGAUGUUUUCGGGGCAUGCGGCAAACCAUGUCCCAAAUCUCCCGACUCGUGUGGAAAGGACAUGGAUCAGUACCACUUCUAUUUGGCUUUCGAGAACUCUCUCUGCCCGGAUUACGUCACCGAAAAGUUCUUCAAACUCUUCCAGAACAAUCUUCCGGUGGUACCCGUAGUGCGAGGUGGAGCGGAUUACAACCAUCUUUUCCCGCCUGGGAUUUUCGUAAACGCGGUGGAUUUCAAAAGCGCAAAAGAAUUGGCGUUACACUUGAAAAAGCUGUGCGGAAAUGCGGAAGAGUACGGGAAGAUUUUGAGAGAAAAGUUGCAGUAUAAAAAAACGAAACACGGUCUAACAUUUUUCCACUGUGAGCUGUGUGAAUAUCUCAACAGCAGGGACUCGCAUGUGAGACGAUAUUACGAUAUCAGGAAGUGGGUUGGUUCAUGUUACACACCUAAAGAUAUUAAUGGGUGAGGUGAGGAGAUAUGUGUGUGUGUGUGUGUGUGUGUGUGUGUCUGUGUCUGUGUGUGUGUCUAUCCUGUUUUUAAAAAGACAGCUUUCCUAUUUGUUAAACUAUUCGUAGGCAUAAUAAUGAGCAUUCCAAAUUCGACUAAGACUUAGAAGUUCUGUGCCGGGCACAUACCGUGUAGUGUGUCCUUUGAAAAAAAAGGACACUUUUAAAAGGCAAGAACUCGGUCAUAUCUGCUUCUGUUUCAACAUGAUAUGGAUCAGAUAAACUUCAACCGACAGGAUAUUUAGUAUGAUAUGAAGGAAAUCAAUUUUCGUUUACAUUAAAUAGCGAGUUGUUGUAGGGUUUCUAUUUAUUUAAUGUUGAUCAAAAUUGAGGAAAAAGGGAAAACGUUACUGCUUUGAACGGCUCUCUGCUGGAGCGUGUUUCGUCGGUUCCACCUUCAGGAUGAGAACGUUAAAAUCACGACCAAACCAUCAAAAGGAAUAUAUAUCUUACCGUGAUUUUGGAGACGUUAGGAGGGGGGGGGGGAUUAUGCUGUUUAGGAGGCCUGGUUCCCCAUCAAUAAUAAAUUAGGCUCUUGUUUUGUAACAAAAAAGGUUUGGGGAACGCCUAAUGCGCUGAAAGCUUACAAAUGAAUAGUCACAGCAUUCCAUUGAAUUGUACUCCGUGGAUUGUUUCUUUUGUUUUGUUUUUAUGGAGGGGGGGAUGUUCAUAGAGACAGUCUACGGAAACAGCCCACAAACAAUCGAAAUCGAACAGCCGAAACUCAAUAUUGAACAGUACGUCCAAAGAAUUACCCGAAACAAAACAAAUGGUUAUUCAAAGUUUCCAGUGGCGUAUUGGAGCUUGUCUGUAGCCUCCAAUUUAAAUAGCCACAACCUUCCCUGGGUUUGAUUGGCAAUUUCAGUUUUAUAUAAAAUUUGUUGUUCAAUGCACACAUUUAAUACAUACACAUAAUGUCUGAUUUUAAAGGAGUUGCAAAGUUUUGCGUUUCACUCAUUUUUCUUUGAAAAAGUCAAAAACUUGAUAUUUCUCUCAGGAGUGCAUAGGUUUUCUUUGUAUUGACAAAUGUGACGUCCACUUGGUGCAGUUUUUGGGGGGUUUUUUAAGUUUUGUUGUAACAAUUAUGUCAAAAGAUAACUCAGUUAAUACCCUUUAAUGUAAACAAGUAUUUUUUAAACACCGGGAAUAUGCCCUUUGGAGACAUUUUAUUAGAAGAACUGCUUUUGAUGUUUUUCCAAACAGUAUAAUAUUUUUUGUGUGUGUUUAUUUGUUUGUCUGAGUGUGGUUUUUUUCUUGUGCGUGUGUCUGAGAAUAUGGGCUCAUUUGUUAGCAAUUUUCAGAACUGAGACUUAGUUUCAGACAAAGUUGUUUUGUUUUUUUAAUAUUAUUAUAUUGCUUUCUUUUAUCUGAGUCAGCUAGGAUGUUUUUCUUUGUUUUGUUUUGUCUUGUUGGGUUGUUGUUUUUUUUAUAAUAAAUGGUUUAACAUUUUGAAUACUUGUAUACCAAUGGUUUAUAAGACAAUCAAUUUUUAAGCUUAAAAAAAAGUCUAAAGUUUGUUGGGUUAUUUCAUGUUCCCCACUAAAAUGACAAAAGGGCAGCCAUUUUAUUAUAAAUUUUUGUAUUACAUUGCCCUGUCCCCUCGUCCUAAUUUUGUGGGUGCCAGUUGUUAGUUACGUGUACGACUUAAGAUUGCUCAACAUUGCUGUGAUGAAAAAAUCAUUUGGAAGCUGUUACUGCUGCUGCUGCUGCUGCUGCUGCUGUGAUUGUUGCUCCAGAGGUAAGAUGGCAAGGCUAUAUCAUAUGUCUAGAAUUGUUUGUAUGAUGAUGAGGAGGAUUUUUUUUCCUACUUUAAAACAUGAUGUGGUGAGAGUUUUACUUUUAGGUUUCCCUUUCUUUGUGCUGUUGCACUUCAUUGUACAUCGCCCCCUCCCCCCUUUUCGAAAUUAAAUUUGUGCCAGUUC